UUGAGUGGGAGGACGCUGGUCGGUCAGCGAGGCAUCCGUUGUGUCCUGGGAUUCACCACCCUUCCCAGCGGUAUUUGGAAAGGCAAGUUUUGCCCAUUGCCUGGGAAUCUCACCAUUUCAAUAACAACCAAGGAAUUGGCUAUGAAUUUUGCAGCACAAUUUUUCUACUCCAGGGGUAUAAAGAACCAAGAUCCCAGGGAACGCUUCGAAGAAGAGGAAGAAUAUGAUCCUUUCUGGCAAAGGGACGAAAGUAAAUGCAGAAAACUGGAUGUCCCCACUCACUAUGACCGCCAUUGCUUUAAGGAUGGGCCAAUAAGAAAUGGUGUCAUUGGGCAGCGACCACCCUCCAUCAAUCCUGAGAGACUGAAAGAUUUUGGAGAGGAAGACUACCUUGACGGGGGUGUGAAGACGUGGGAAAUGAAGAUCGUGAGCCACAACGAGGAACUGCUGAGAGACUCAGCCAGCCUCCCAGAUAGGAUUAGCUUGACGGCCUACAAUAAAUAUAUUCGAUUUGAAGAUAUCAGUGCAGCAGCUUUCAAAAUCCAGUGUGGGAUCCAGAAAACACCCUGUAUGUAUUCUCGACUUUCAAAGCAAUAUGGAAUGGACCUAUAUCUAAAGAAAGAGUUUCUCCAGUAUACAGGAUCUGUGAAGGAGCGGGGUGCACUGUACCUUUUGAUGUCCUUACAGCAGGAGCAGCAAAGGAAAGGGGUGAUCGUUGCCUCAGACAAUAACUUCUCCAUGGCAGUGGCCUACCAUGCCUCAGAGCACCACAUUCCUGCAUUUGUCAUCAUGUCCACCAGCACUUCGCCUGCCAGAGUGAAAAUGUGCCGUGACUACGGUGCCAUGGUAAUUUCCUAUGGUGCCACAGCUAGAGACUCCCAGCUGCAUGCCAGGAGGCUGGCACAGGAAAAUGGCUACCUGUAUCUUGAAGAAGAAGACAAUGCUGUAUAUCUAUCAGGGUUGGGAACCAUGGGAAUGGAAGUCUAUGAACAGGUGUCCAAACUGGAUGCGGUGAUCUUCCCAGCAGGGGCACACUGUGGAUUGCUAGCAGGCUCAGCUGUGGCAUUAAAACAUUUGAACCCAAGUAUUUCUGUAAUUGGUGUGGAGUCAGAGGGGUUCCCUGUACUGCAACAGUCGUUAAACAUUGCUCAACCUGGUGAAGACCGCUCCCAAAGCAUCCAGCCCUUUUACAGAGAUGUGAGUGGACCCUGUUUUGCUUCCAAUUCUUUGCAACUGACUGAAAAAUUUGUUGACAAAGUUGUAACAGUAAGAGAAGAGGACAUUCUCGUUUCCAUGCUGAGGCUGUUGGAGUAUGAGCGGGCCGCCGUAGAUGCAGAAGGAGCAAUUGGGCUUGCAGCAGUGCUUGCUGGGAAACUGCCGGAGUUGAAGGGCAAAAGAGUGGCUGUCGCUGUGUGCAGUGGUAACCUGGAACUCCCUCUGAUGCGGCAGUGCAUCGACCGUGCCCUCACCAUUGACAACAGAGUGUGCAAAUUCUCCAUCCUCGUUUCUAGCUCACUGGGAGAUAUUUCCAAGCUGCUGGAGAUCUUGGCUCGAGAAGAAGCAAGAGUUUUGGACAUUAAACAAGAACACUCGUACAUAACCUCUGAUCUGUUUACCAGCGAGGUCACCUGCAUCGUAGAGACCAGAGACAAAAUCCACACAGCUCAGUUAAGAAAUAUUCUCACAGAUCGCUACCCAAUGAUGACAUGGAUGGAACGGUGACAUGCACAGCGGAUGGAAAUGCACUACAAUCAUCUUUUCCCCCCUUUUUUCAGUUUUAUGGAGAGCUAAACAUGUGGCAUUGAUAUGUUUCCAUCUUGCAAAACCAGUUAGUUAGCAGGAGACUGUAGGGUUUAUCACUUCCUCCUCUUUAUCCAGUCAGGUGAGGGUGAAGUGGCUGUCCUUUUAUGAGGAACAGAAAUAGAGUGGAAUGGUACAUUAGCACACAGGUGCUUCUUAGCUUCUAUAGCUUCUCAGCUGUAGCCCUUCUCUUUUGCAGUAAUGCAGCAUAUUUUUUCUUCCUGCAUAACAAUUCCCCACCCCUUACUUUUCUGAGUGAUUUCAUUAAGGGGCUACUAAAAUUUGAAUGUUGUAUAGUAGCCUUGGGGACAAAAUAUUGGACCUGAGGGCCACCUAUGUUGCCAGGCCAAGCCGGGUGACCAGCAGGAACACUGAGGGUGGGGACAUAGGGCGUGGGCGUGAUGUCAGUGAUGGCACUCACUUCGCUAUUUCACUUCAAAAUACAACCUAGGAAUAGCUGAAAACUCUAUGGUAACCAUAGACUUUCUCAUGAUUCCUAAAGCUAGAAAUUAUGUAGCAAUGUCAGAAAGGUUGCUUUUAAACAUCUUUCUCCUGCUGCCACUCUGAGUGGUGACGGGCAACAAAGCUUGCCAGAUGGGAGACCUCCUGCUGUACCGGAAGCCUAUGCAAACUAAGGGAUCACAGGGUAUAGAGCGAUAGAAAUCACAAUAUAAACCUCUGCAUAAAGAUUUUCCAAAUAAAAUAUCUAUUAUUAAACAGUAAAA